AUGGACCCACAGAACUAUUCCUUGGUGUCAGAAUUUGUGUUGCAUGGACUCUGCACUUCACGACAUCUUCAAAAUGUUUUCUUUAUAUUUUUCCUUGGGAUCUAUGUGGCCGUUAUGCUAGGUAACCUUCUCAUUUUGGUCACUGUAAUUUCUGAUCCCUGCCUGCACUCCUCCCCUAUGUACUUCCUGCUGGGGAACCUAUCUUUCCUGGACAUGUGGCUGGCCUCGUUUGCCACUCCCAAGAUGAUCAGGGAUUUCCUUAGUGAUCAAAAACUCAUCUCCUUUGGAGGAUGUGUGGCUCAAAUCUUCUUCUUGCACUUUACUGGUGGAGCUGAGAUGGUGCUCCUGGUUUCCAUGGCCUAUGACAGAUAUGUGGCCAUAUGCAAACCCUUGCAUUACAUGACUUUGAUGAGUUGGCAGACUUGCAUCAGGCUGGUGCUGGCUUCAUGGGUCAUUGGAAUUGUGCACUCCAUCAGUCAAGUGGCUUUCCCUGUAAAUUUGCCUUACUGUGGCCCCAAUGAGGUAGACAGCUUCUUCUGUGACCUCCCUCUAGUAAUCAAACUUGCCUGCAUGGACACCUAUGUCUUGGGUGUAAUUAUGAUCUCAGACAGUGGGUUGCUUUCCUUGAGCUGUUUUCUGCUCCUCCUAAUCUCCUACACUGUGAUCCUCCUCACUGUCAGACAGCGUGCUGCCGGUAGCGUAUCCAAAGCACUCUCCACUUGCUCUGCACAUAUCAUGAUAGUGACGCUGUUCUUUGGCCCUUGCAUUUUUAUUUAUGUGUGGCCUUUCAGUAGGUUCUCUGUGGACAAGCUGCUGUCUGUGUUUUAUACCAUUUUUACUCCACUCCUGAACCCCAUUAUCUACACAUUGAGAAAUGAGGAGAUGAAAGCAGCUAUGAAGAAACUGCAAAACCAACGGGUGACUUUUCAAUGA